AUGUCCCUCUGGAGCAUCGUCUCCCACAUGCCGCCAGAGCAGUUCAGUGGCCUCUUUGCUGAGUUUCCCCGCAGCCUGCGCUGUCUUCUGGCUGACUGGCUGGAGAACCAGCCCUGGGAGUUCAUCAAUGGCUCUGACACCUUCUGCACCAAUGUGGCCAGCAGGAUGCUCUCAGCCAUGCUGGAGAAGCUGCGCAGCGCUGCCGGUGGCGAGGGGCAGCAGUGCCAGAUCCUGCAGCAAGUCAGCGGCAUCGAGAAAAUCUACCAGCAGGACCCACUGCGACUGGUAGCCGUCCUGAGAGCCAUCCUGGAGGGUGAGAAGACCGCCGUGAUAAAGAGGGACCGACAUCUGCCCCUCAGCUUCCACCGGCGCCAGGAGGAGAUGAAGUUCAGCCUGGGGCUGCAGCGGCUGCAGCCCCGCAUCCAUGAGAUCCAGGCGCUGCGGGACGGCCCCACCGGUGAGGGUGCAAUGUGGAGCCCCAUGGCUGGUGCUGCCCCAUAGGAGUUGUCCACCCUGAUCCUGGAGGCUGUGAAAGAGCUGGAGACAGCCAAGCAGCAGGUACUGAAGAGGAUCCAAAUCUGGAAGAGGCAGCAGCAGCUGGCAGGGAACGGGGUCGUCUUUGAGGAGAACCUGGCUCCACUGCAGAAAAGAUGUGAGAGCCUGGUGGAGGUUUACUUCCAGCUGCACCAGCAGGUGAUGGCUGCAAGUGCAGAGCUGGGAGCUGAGCUGCUGCAGCUGCUCCUGGAGCGGCUCAACGAGGUGUUAUCCAGCCUGGUCAAGAGCUCCUUCCUGGUGGAGAAGCAGCCCCCACAGGUGCUGAAGACCCAGACAAAGUUCCAGGCAAGCAUCCGGUUCCUGCUGGGCCCCCAGCUGCUGAAGGCCUCAGCCAAGCCCUACACGGUGCGGGCGGACAUGGUGACGGAGAAGCAGGCACGGGAACUGGCACUCAGUGCCUACAGCAACACCCUCAGCGAGAGCACAGGGGAGAUUAUGCAUAAUGUGGUGGCCCUGGAGACCAACCCCACCAGCGGGACCUGCUGUGCCAACUUCAAGAAUGUGCUGCUGAAGAAGAUCAAGCGCUGCGAGCGGAAGGGGUCCGAGUCGGUGACGGAGGAGAAGUGCGCUGUCUUGUUCAGCACCACAGUGGCUCUGACCCCCGGCAACCUCUCCGUUCAUCUCCAGGUCCUGUCUUUGCCCAUCGUGGUCAUUGUCCACGGGAACCAGGACAACAAUGCCAAAGCCACCGUGCUGUGGGAUAAUGCCUUCUCCGAGACUGACCGCGUGCCCUUCGUGGUGGCAGAGCAGGUGCCCUGGGAGAAGAUGUGUGAUACACUGAACCAGAAGUUCAUGGCAGAGGUGCAGACCACCAAGGGUCUUCUCAAGGAGCACAACUUCUUCCUGGCCCAGAAGAUCUUUAAUGAUUACAGUGCCAGAUUUGAGGACUUCCAGAGCCGCAGGGUCUCCUGGGCUCAGUUCAACAAGGAGAUCCUGCCUGGUCGGGGAUUCACCUUCUGGCAGUGGUUUGAUGGAGUCCUUGACCUCACCAAGAGAUGUCUCAAAAGUUACUGGUCAGACAGGCUCAUCAUCGGCUUCAUCAGCAAGCAGUAUGUCUGCAAGCUUCUGAGCACAGAGCCUGAUGGGACCUUCCUGCUCCGCUUCAGUGACUCGGAGAUUGGGGGUGUCACUAUUGCUCAUGUCAUCCGGGCCAAGGAUGGCUCCAGCCAGGUGGAGAAUAUCCAGCCCUUCUCUGCCAAGGACCUGUCCAUCCGCUCCCUUGGUGACCGCAUCAGGGACCUGGGGCAGCUCCGCAACCUCUACCCCAACAUCCCCAAGGACCAGGCAUUCGGAAGUCACUACAACAAAGAGCAGACGGGCAAGGAUGUCCGGGGCUACGUCUCCACCGCCAUCAAGAUGACAGUGGAAAGCGAAAGGGACCAGCAGUCUCUAAGUGCUGCGGGGGGACCCUCCCAGGCUCACCCCUUUGGCCAGCCCAUGCUGCAGCCUGAGCUGCACCUCGAGAACAUGCAGUCGGUGCUGAGCCCCAUCUGCCCCCCUGCUCCCUUUGGCCCCCAGCCCAUCCCCACAAGCUACCCCACAGGUGAGAGUAAUGUCAACAUGGUGGUCUCUGACAACCUUGGAUCCUCCUUUUCCAGCCCACCACAGAUGGUCUCAGUGUCCCUGGUCACAGAUCCUGCGCUGCCCCACGGCUCUGACCUUCCUGCCUUCAGGAAUCCCUUGUAA